CAUCUAGAGCGAAAGAAAGAGAUGGGAUCAAACAGAAAAGGUGGAGAUGAGAGAGAGAGAGCCAUAAGGAAAAACGAAUGGAGGAAGAAGAAAGCAACAGCACCAAACUCUCCUCCAUCGGAAGCAAGCCCUUGUCCGAGGUAGAGUCGUCAUCGGAAGAAGAGGAUAGACAUGCAAGAGAUGAUGAUGAUGAAGAAACGUCCAACAAAGAGAUUAUCAAAGAGCUCAAGAACAUACAGCGGCAGAACACAAUCACUCAUUAUCUCCUCACAGUUUCAAUUCUGGUGACCGUGGCAUGGCAGCUCUCAGAAUUUUCUCUCAUUUUGAGAAUCAAACAAGGCUUCAACAACCCUCUCAAAUCCAUUGGAGGAGCAAUCAAAGCCCUCCUCAACACCAGCACUCAAGAUAAUGAGCAGAAGCAAACACAGGUUAUGCCACCAACCUACCUGCCGGGCCUUAAGAUCCCCGAUUUUCCCGGAUUCGACACCAGCAACGAAGAAGACGACGAUGAUUAGAUUAGAGUAGAGUAGAUCAAUUUCUCAAGGUGUUCAUCAAUUCCAAUUCCAAUUCAAACUCAAAUGUGAUGAGUCUAGCCAUACAAGAAAGAAACUCUUUGUCAUUGUAACAAAGCAUCAAAAACACAAGCAAUUUUGUCCAAUAUCUGGAACAACAAAUAAA